AUGUUGCUGGGACGAACUUUAGCCACAGUUCACAACAAGGCCACCAGUGGAAAGAAAGCCAAAGAGAGGGUCACGAUAAGCGUAUGUGCGAAUGUGACAGGUUCCAUCAAAAUGCAUGGGUCUACACUGAAAUUUUCAUUGACUGGUUUCACAAGUCAUUUGUCCCGUUUGUCCAAGAAGCUGGUAGAGCAAGGCUUUGAACCAAAAGCCAUGUUAUUUCUGGACAACUGCUCUGCUCACCCUAGCGAUAAAGAACUGAUUUCUUCAGAUGGAAAAUUUUGUGCCACAUUUUUGCCUCCAAAUACCACUUCCUUGAUUCAACCAAUAAAACAGGGUGUGUUGGAAUGCAUGAAACGCCUUUAUAGGAAGUCAGUUUUAAGGGACUUGAUAUCACAAGACGCUGUGUCAAUGGAUCAUUUCCUCAAAUCGAUUGAGAGAAUUAGCGUAGCAUGGGAACAGGUUUCGCCAGACACAAUUCGAUGUUCAUGGAGAAAAUUGUUGCCUAUUGAUAAAAAUGUUGCCUCCAUGGAGACAGAGAUGAUAGAAAAUGCUGAUUUUGUUGCCCAGUUUGUAUCCCUAGUUGCUCUAAUUAACCAACAAGAUGAAUUGGAAGAGGCUGAGUCAGCAGACGAAGUUGAGGAAAUUGCUGGUGAUAUUCGUAAAUGCCCAAUAGCGAAUGGUGAAGCCAUGAAUAUGCUUGACAAAUGUCUCACAUGGCUUUGCUGGCAACCAGAGGCAUCCCUUUCAAACACUUGCACCCUGGUCCAGUUGCGGGAAAUGGCCGCCAGGAAGCAGGUACCAAUAUCUGCAAAUGUUCUUAUUGAUCGAGUUCAUGGCUCCUGCUGCCAGAGCAAUCCGUAUACUGACAGCCCAGAGAUAUGGACUACACUACCAAGCAUGGAUUGCCCUAACAAGCCCCAAAAGUCUUGA